AGUAAUGAUGGCAAUAGUCUUACCCAUAAUCUUCUCAAUACAAUCAAUGUCCUCAAUAAUGAAUCGCUCGGCGAUGAGUCGCUCAGUCAUCAGUCCUACGAUUCUUCCUAUAGCUGUGAUAAUGUAUUGAAGGCAUUGAGAGCUCACAAGUGGACGAUCCGUAAUGAAGAACAGGACGCCUUCGAGUUAUUUAACGUAUUGACGGAUACGUUGGAGUCAGAGCUGUAUUCAUCGUUUCCCGUCUACUCUCUAAAGGACGCUCUUAUAGCCGAGGGAUUGAUGAACGAGUCGUCACCCGAGACCAGUCCUGCCAUUCAGACGCGAGCCUCGCAUAUGAAUGUUUGCGGCGAUAAUCGUAUCGUAAAGCCAUUGCCGACGAAAGGGAUGCUAUGCUCUCAACUCUACUGCCGAAAGUGUUCGCAUAAAUUUCCGCUACAUUUGGACACAUUUGACACAAUAUCUCUUUCUAUACCCAAUAAUGUGUUCGGAAUUCCGAUUGAAUUACAUAAAUGUCUCGAGAAGUUUGUCAGUAAUGAAAUCAUACAUGAAGUUAGAUGUGAGACAUGUAUUAAGAAUAGCCAUCAAUUGGAUGCCAACAGAAAGUCUGCGUUCGUCAAGAAGUUGACGUUCGCCAAAAUGCCUCAACUCUUAUGCCUUCAAAUCCAUCGACUCGUUUGGCUAAAUGACGGACAGAUCAUGAAACGCAAUGAACACAUCAUAUUUCCUGAAUAUCUAGAUAUGGAUUCCUAUGUCUAUAAGUCUAACAAAUCUACUAUCGAUACCCAUGUGUUGCCCACACAGUUCGGCCUAAUCGGUGGCGCCUCCACCUCUUUAGACAUAUUGAAUCCGAGCCCCAAUCCUAUCCCUAAUCUCAACGUUAACGUCAAUCGCGAGCCUCAGCUCAGUGUCAACCGAACGGCUAAUAAAUACAAAUAUAAGUUGUGUUCAGUGAUUGUGCAUUUGGGCGGCGCAUCGUCUGGUCAUUUCAUUUGCUACCGACGGGGAACUGAUGACAAUAAUAGCCAGAAGUGGUAUUACAUAUCGGAUACGGAUGUGUUAGAAGUGAGACUUUCCAAAGUGCUCGAGAGUCCCGCUUAUAUGCUAUUCUACGAAAGAGUCUCCAAAUAACUCAUUCAUCCAAUCAUUCAAUGUUUGAAUUCUAAUGACAAAUACUUUUGACUUAAUUUUUCGUUCACUCUUUCGAUCGAUUUUCAGUACCGUUUGUGAUAUAAAAUAUUCGUUGAAUUCAUACAAUAAUUGUAUAAACAAUGCAUUAAUUUGUGAAGAGUUUUGUAUAAUAAUUAAUACAUGAGUUGUAAAUAUAGCGAC